AUGGGCUAUGAAGAGAGGUCCCGAUUGACACCAUUUGUACCAUUACUAGCGAUUAAUUCUGUGUCCGAAGUCUACUUGGGUAGCUGCAUCUUCAAGGAUGAUGGGUACACUGGAUACGCCUUCGAUCCAGUGGUGAAAUGCUACAGCACAAACUUGCGGAAAUUGUGUAUAGAAUCCUCUGUCGCUGGCCCAGAGGAGCUAUCACAGCUACUAUCGCGAAUCCCAAACCUGGAGAUCUUUGAGUUUUCUCAUGAAACCAAGUGGCAUGGCUGCGGUUAUAACUGGAACGUUGGUGCAUUUUUGGAUACGGUGCAAAAUAUCUGUGCAAAGACACUCAAGGAAUUGUCGGUCACAACUCUCACAGAGUGGUGUAAUAGAGGGGCAACACUGGUGGAUAUGACUCGUUUUCAAAAGUUGGAAGUCCUUGAUUUAGGCGUCGAUAUGCUGUGCGGCCCCGCGUAUGAUCCGUCGAUGAGAGAUUUAGAAUGGGAUGAAACUGAGUCGGUUGGAAAUCCAGCCUGGCCCAGACUGAUCGAUAUGUUGCCAGCGUCUCUUAAAAGGUUCAACUUGUAUCUCGAGACCUUCGAUGAGGAUCAUCUGAAAUGCAUCUCUCAUUUAAUUGAGGGUCUUUCAGAUGCUCGGACCACAAAAUUGCCUCAUUUAAAUAACAUGAGCCUUUUUGUACGUAUGGAUUCUCCGAAAAUUCCGGAUAUGGCACUUGAGGUUUUGAAUGAUGCGAAGAAAAGCGGGUUCUCAAUCCUGAAGUUUGCUACAUCUAUCCCUCUUCUAUAA